AUGAACACGGAAGAUUCAUGUUCUUGUGGUACUGCAGCUGUUGUUAUUGAGCCACAGUUUGCUCAGCUAUUCAGGUAUGGCGACAGGUGUUAGGAGGUGGGGUGGGGGAAAUGAAAUAAAUGCUCAAGAAAGGUACAUUCAUCAUGCAUGUCAUCAGUAAACUGGAGGUCCUAUGUUGAUGGAAGUGAGGCUUUUGUAGAAAUGAACAGACCUAUUUCUCAGUGGUUUAGGAUUACCAGUGGCAAAGAGUCAGACUUAUUUAGCUCACAACGCCUUGAUUUCUCUGAGGGUACCACUUUGCUUUCUUAGUGAGAGUUACCUUUUACUCUUAUGUCUGAAAAAGGCAAUGCCAAAAGUGAAGGUAUCAACCCAGUGCUGGAGAUCCUAGCCAUUGCUAAGGGGGAUCGGCAGAGAAAGGAAGAAAGACUUGCCCACAAAUAAAUACAGAGAACUAUGCAUUUGCCUAGUUAUAUGUUCAUUUCACCAGUGCAUUUGCCCUCUUCCCAAAUCCCAGUCAAGAGAGACAAUUUUAGCAUGAGAAUGAGGAACCUCAGGCCCAGGGACUAAACACAGCCCUUCUUAUUCAGCCCUUGAGAUUCACCCUGGUCAUACCCUUCCUAGCUUUCAUUUGGCAGGGACACAUGUUUGAAAUUUAACAAUGCCUCUUGAUGAGAGAUAUGUGUGUGUAACAUCUGAGUGUUGUGUGGCCUACAGCACAAGGCUCAUUUGUUGCUUCUGGCUCCAUGCACCAUUGUCAUAUGGCUCCUGGAAGGUUGCUCAUAAGGGAAUGUGAUCCUCAAUUUGGAAAAUGUCCCCCAUCCCUGCAGUCUAGCAUCUUUUCUCUCCAUCCUCUCCAGCACAUACCUGUUUCCCCAAUUCACAGUUGUGAAGCACACAGGCCUUGUAGAGGCUGUUUGGAUACUCAGGCCAGCCAUUUCUAGUGCAUCUCAGAGGCCAGAAGGUUUUUCAUCUUCUGGGCCAUGAAGCCUAGCUGCCCCCUCCUUGGUAAUCAUGGCACAAUACUAUUUCUGACAGAGCUGACAAAGAGCUUUCUCUGCCCUCCCUCUUGGAUCUUCUUCCCUGCAGCAAUAGCAAAGAGUUUCUGUAGGUUUAGUUGAUAGUCUUCUCUGGGAGCUCAUCAGGUUGUUGAUUUUGCAGGAAACUUUUGGAAAGAGAGGGUUUCCUGGACAGCAGUUACCGUGUGCAGAAGCUUCCUAAUGGUGCCAUGGCCUUGCCUGUGUUGGGACAAAAGCUCACAGCAGAGCACCUGCAUCAGCUGAAGGAAAGUAUCCUGCCUGGGAAGACCUGUGCUUUAACAUGGAUUCUGGUGAGCCAAGUUCUUGUUGGCAGGUUGCUUUUGUUUCAUGACCAACGGGUUUGUCACUACACUUGGCAAUGACUGUUAUCAAGCCUGCCUGCCUGCCUGCCUCCCUCUUUUCUUGCCUUUGUCUUGUCCUCUUCUCUGCUUCCUACCUGCUUCAUUUAUUUGAUGCCAUCAAUUGAUCUCUGAUGCCACAGUAUGGCUGUGUGGUAGUGGUGGGGCCACAUGUUGUUAUUAUACUUCGGGAAUCAUUUAGGCUAUAACGUGAAUAUUUUCCAGGUGUUGAUCUGCAAAACAAUUUUUUAGACUUUUUACCAUAAAGGUGGUGCUUGCUGCCAAUGGAUUUGUAUAGGGUUUGAAAGUGGUGUGUGGUAUGUGUAUGAAAUAGGAAACUGACUAAUCAUUUGCACCCCAUUUGCAGAAUCCCAUUCCUUCAAAAGCGGCCCAAUUCCGGCCUCCCAUCCAGAAACUGUAUGAUGAGUUGCAGUGCCUGAUGUUGAGCCAUGGCAUUGCCUGGUCAAAAGAAUUGGAGAGAGAUCUACCACGCUCCUGGCAACGGCACGGGGAUCUGGUUCUGUUCAGUGAGGAGAGCUUCAGAGAACCCCUAUGGGGAGGGCUGGGUAAAUUACAAACACAACAUUGUGCCAAACCAUUCUGAGCUGCUUCCUUUCUCAGCAAACCCAUUACAACUGUUCUCUUUCAGGACAAGAGCUCUGGGAGGUGGUUGCUGGUGCACUCGGGGCCCAACGUGUGGCAAAACGCGGACGUGUGCAGUCAGAUUUGUUUCGAUCCCCAACAGUGACCCUGUUGCUGGGGGAGGAUGGCUGGGUUGAACACGUAGAGAAUGGAAUUCGGUAAGGGAGAGGUGCAGUGUAAUAUUUUCUCCACCACACUGUCUUCUUUCUUUGAGUUCACUGAAAAAUGGAGUCUAAUUAAGACUUUUUCAUUUCUAGAGCUUAAGCCUAGAAAAUUUAAGGUGUUUAAGGAGUGUUCAUCCACCCCAGUCUUUAGCCAGAUCAGCUUACAAGGGUCAGCAAUGAGACCCAGCCCUCAGGCUUGACAUCUCAGAGAUCCAACACAAAAAGAAAAGGGAGUGGGAGGGAAGAGGAAAAAGCAAACUUAUUUUUAGUUACAGAAUUCUUAUACAGUAAUGGCCAGAUGGAAUGGAAAGAAUUCAAGGAGAGGAGCCAGAAGUUGCUGAUCUUUCAGCUGAGAGGCCCAGAAGUCUCAUCCCUCCCUCUGUUUUGGCCUGAUCUUAUGCUGAAGUAAAUGUGCCCGUCAAAAAUAUGAUAGCUAUUUCUUCCAAUGAAUUCUAAAAAAAGCAAAGGGUAAAUUUGAAGUCUGCAGUCAUUUUCAUGUAGUAAGAUUUUUGAGUUGGCUCUGGAAAACUCAGCUGGUCUGGGUAUUGGGUGAAGAUUGGAGUGGGGUAAGGGUAUGGUGAAUGUUUCACUUCUCAGGGCAAAAGGUAGAUAAGGCUGCAGUCCUAUAUAUACUUAUCUGUGAAUGCGUCCCAUUGCAUUCAGUGCUUACCUUUGAGUAGAUGUGUAGGCAUUGCGCUAUAAGCUUGUUUGUAUAUGUGCACAGUAUUUAGAAAAGAAUCCUUGUAUGCUCUGAAUUUCCUCCCACCCCAAAUAGGGAUUAGUUAAGAACUACAAGUACUUAACAAGUAUACAAGUUUGAUUCCUCGGGGCAUCUUCUGAUUCGGUUGCCUCCACAGGUACAUGUUUGACGUGACACAGUGCAUGCUGUCUCCAGGAAACAUCACUGAGAAGCUGCGAAUAGCAUCUCUGAAGUGUACUGGGGAAGUGGUGGUAGACCUCUACGCUGGUAAAUACUGUGAUACGAGGGAGAAGCAAAGCGGCUGCUGUCUCUUUCUGCAGCCCCAUUUGGGGCACAGCCUAUUUCUAAAUAGUUUAGCCUUCCAGAGAUGGGUCUUGAAGCCAGGUGGGCGCCUUGAGCCAUGUAUAGAAGUAGCAUGAACUCAGUUUGCUUGAUUUCUCUUUUUUAGUUCCCUCUUCCAGGGGUCUAGCCCUCCUAAAGUUGAACUACAUUUCCCAUGCAUCCUGUGCUGUGACUGGCAGCAUGGUUCUCUAGCCCUAUCAAGAAGCAUUUAACCCAUUUCUUUGCCACCUAAGGCUUCUAAAGAGAGCCCUGCUGGAUCACAUCCAGAGUUCAUUAGUCCAGCAUCCUGUUUUCUACAUUGCAGCCAUGCAGGUUCCUCUGGGAAGCCCACCAAUAGGAGAAGAGUGCAGUAGCACUUACCUGUGCACCGCAGCGGCUUGUAUUCAGAGGCACACUGCCUCUGGUUGGGGAGCUAGUAGCCAUAUAACCCUAUCAUUUGUCUAACCCACUUUUAAAGGUAUUCUGUAAGAUAACGAGUGGCUGUUCUCCCCCUUGUCUUCAGGGAUUGGCUAUUUCACCCUGCCGUACCUCAUUCAUGCUGGUGCUGCCUUUGUCCAUGCCUGUGAGUGGAACCCGCAUGCCGUGGAAGCACUGCGGAAGAAUUUGCAACUGAACCGUGUGCAGGAUCGGUGCCGCGUUCACCAGGGAGAUAAUCAGAAGGUGAGCAAAGAGGGGUAGAAAUGACCUAAGUAGAAUGAAUAAAUUAUCAUCUCUCAUCAUCUCUGACAUUUGCCCGUGCUGAUGGGAGCUAGAAUCCAACAAUAUGGAAGGGUCACCAAAACCGAAUGUUGGAAGAUUAACAACAGACAAAAGAAAGUCUUUCUUCACACAGUGCAUGGUUAAAACUAGAGAGCUUGCUCCCACAGGAGGCAGGAAUGACUCCUAAUUUGGAUACCUUUAAAACAAGUUUGUGGAAGAUCAUGCUAUCAAUGACUACUUAAGAUGGUUGGAAAGUGCAUUGUAUGCCUCCUUCCAGCAACUCCUGCAGCCAAACAUAUUGCUCUGCUUUCUUUUGGACUGCAUCACUGAGGCUGAGAAGGGGAGUCUUAUUGGAGCAGCCCAGGACCUCCCUACACACUGCCCAGGCUUGUGCCCUGGAGAGGUCAUUUUGGCGCUGCUAAUGCAGUGGUUUGACUUCAUCUCGAGAGGCACACUCCAUUGUCUCUCGAGACAAACAGAUGGCAACAAAUGGCAGCAUUGAUAAAUCCUGCAAAUACAGUGAUAAGACACACUCUCCUCCCUCCCAUCACAACCUCUCCUGAAAACUCUAUUUAGGCACACUUUUUCAGAACUUUGCUUUUACUCUGGUUCCAGCCGCUGCUUUUAUGGUUGAGUGCCAUCUACUUUUUCUUUUUAAAUGGUUCUACUUUUUAAAAAAGGUUUUACUUAAUUACAAGGUUUUGCUUUUGUAUUUUGUUAUGUAAGCUUUUUUGUGUACAUCAGUAAAGAGUAAAUAAGCAGGAUAUAAAAUAAUAAUUGUCAGGGCAAAGCAGGCAGAAAGGAGGUCUGGCAGCUGGGUCCAAGGAACAGGGUCUUUUGAGCUGUGUCCCUCUCCCCUUGAAAUAUGCUAUCCUUGGUAGUUUUUAGGGAACCUUAAAAAGCCUUGUUUGUUUGUUCCGCAGUGCUCCAGAUGUGGGAGUCUAAUAGGCAGUAGCCUCUAUUUUUAGUCUAACACUGGUGUAGCUGGCUGUGAUGUAUUGAUUUGUAAUUUGUUAAGGAUGGUGCCUACUUUAUUAAAUGCAUAAAGGAUUCAGGGUCUUCUGACUUCAUUGGCCCUGACAUGGGGGUUGAUCUCUGCCACUUGCUUGUAUUCACGAAGUAGAGUUUUAUUCGUCUCUGAUUGUCCAGCAGUUCAGUUUCUCACCUGUUGCCCUCCGAAGCAACAGAGUGAGAAUUGCUAUAUUAUCUGUUAGAGCAGCCCAGACUUCCCUUUGCUGCCUUCUCUGCAUUCCUCUCUGCGUCUCAAAUACAUUUUUGUUUUUUAAAAGAAACAAAGUCUCCCCUCACAUUUUCCUUCUGUUAUGCCUGCUCUCAUUCUUCCCCUUCCAUUCAGUGAUAUAUUAUGCGGUUUGUACGCCAAAGGUCCUCAGUUCAAUCCCUGGCAUUUCCAGUUAAAACAAUCUCAGGAAAAGUGCACAAAAGGCCAGUCUCCUGCCUGAGCUGUGUGACACGCGCUGCCAGUCAGGGUAGGUGAUGCGGACAAAUCUCAAACUUGCAAAACACAACUGUCUAUGUUCUUUCCUUGUUUGCAGCUGGAACUGUGGGAUGUCGCUGACAGGGUGAAUCUGGGACUGAUCCCCACGUCGGAGGCAGGAUGGCCAAUCGCCUGCCGGGUUUUGCGGAAAGAUGUGGGUGGGAUCCUGCAUAUCCACCAGAAUGUGGAAUCCUUUCCAGUGAAUGCCCUUAGGCUGCACCACAAUCCACAUCAAGAUCAACCUCGCGAGCAGCUCCCAGUGCAAGCGGUGUCCAGCGUACAAGAGGACAAGGUGGCCCUUGCGGACCACAGUAUUCUGCAGGAUGCAGGAAGUAAGGACCUGGCUCUCUCAGCCAGGGGCGAGUGGCAAAGGUGGGCAGAGGCCACAGCAACCCAGAUCAGGACUUUGCUUCAGGAUUUGGACGGGAAGCAGUGGAGGACAAAAAUCCUGCACAUUGAGCAAGUGAAAUCUUACGCCCCUCACGUGCACCACCUGGUCUUGGAUCUGGACUGCCGGCCCCUUAUGUGGCACACAGGUAGUUAGUUGGCUUUCCUACAGGAGCAGCACUAGGAGAAAGGUUCCCCAUCUUUAUGGGUCUGAGGGCACAUUUGGGAAUCUGAGGAAUCUGUCAUAGGCAGCACAAAAUACCCAUUUUGCAGAAGUGAAGACUGGUGAGGCUCUGAACUUCUGCCCUAGACAGGUGAAACAACUGCAACCUUCCCUCCUCAAGCCCCAAGUAAAACACAGACAAAAAAGGAGGAUGAAACUGCUUCCCAAACAGCAAAAGCGAACAACAAAAUGAAAAGAACUUGCCUAAAAAUAAAAGAUAAGGAGGAACUGGGGGCCUGGUGAGGUCCUUCAAAGGUGUUGUGGUUCCUACAGUCACUUCAUUGGGGAAUCCAGCUCUAGAACAUGGUCUUUUCUUCAUGGCACUAGCAGAGAGGUUUAGAGGAAACAGCUUUGGGUUUGGGCAGCAGAAAUGCAUGUUAUUCUUUUGGAUCUGCAUGCAAUUCUUCACUGCCAUCCUCUUUUAUCCCUAGUGAUAUGAUUGCUGUUGUUCAUCUUGGGAGCGUUCUGGCAGGAAACGGGGCCAACUUAUCUCCUAAAACCUUGCUGUGAGCCCUGCGUUUUCUCCAACUAAAUUAUACUCUGUUUUCAAUGGACCAGCCCGGUACAGUUUUUCUAGAAAAAGAGGUGCCAGAACUCACCAUGAACGCCUCCAUUGUUCUCUUAGAAUUGCAAUGGUCCCCACUUGAGAGAUGCUGGAACUGAGUUCUAGCUAAAUAAAAAAGCCCUGGACCUGCCUAUGAAUUUCAGUAGGUCUACUUAGAGUAGGACUAGCAUUGGCUACAAUCCAAUCUUUAGGAUGCUCUUGCAUUUUCACUCAUCUUAACAUGAGGUCACUGACAAUCUAUACAUCAGAGGCCGCCAGCUUUUUUGACCCCUGGGCAUGUUUGCAAACCAGAGAAGCUGUUGUGGGCAUCACAUGCUCAUCUCCACACCCCUUGCAAUGAAGCACACACCACAGCCUGUUCAGUUUGCUAUAGCAGAGUCCUUACUUCAAGCCUAAUUUUAGCAAAUGGCGAGGACGUCCCAAGCACCAGGGAAGUCCUUUCCAGGCAUAUGUGUGCCCUUGGGAGCCAGGUUGGCAACCCCUGCCAUACCCUGUAUUUACAGGAGUUGGCAACUGAAAGUCUGUGAGCAAGGUGAGGUCUACGGAUGACCAUUUGCUGGCCCAUUAAUCCUUGAUGUCAUCUCCUACCUGCUUCCUCUUUUCUUCCCAUUUCGCCCCUUCUUACCUUUGGAAUAUCCUGGAAGAAACCUAAAGGACCCCUUUGUCCUGCAAAUGGCAGAGGGAAAGUGUUUUCACAGAGGAAGCAAAGGCAUGGGAAGUGCAGUGGGGGUGGAAUAUUUGAUUCCAUCUAGUGCCCACCUUGCUUGUGCUAAGAAUACCAAACUUUUACUGUUUUCAAUGCCUUGGCAGGGCAGCAUAUUUUUUUAUUUGGGUGCCAGCCAGUUUCUAGUACAAGGAUGUCUCUGAGUAGAUGACGUAUUUGCCCUAGGGGCCUAUUCAGCCCUCAGUGCUUUACCCAGGCAACAUCUCUUCUUUAUAUUAUUUUAAUUUUAUUGGGGUUUCAUUACUUUUCAACAAGCAUCUUUUAACUUUUUGUAGUUUAUCUGUAUAGUUUCAAUUUGUGUAAGUCCUGGUCUGGGAAAAUGGUGUGGCAAAUAAAUAAUAAAAAUUUUUAUUGGCUCUGCUCCAUGCCCUCCUUGAGUGGUUUUGCCUGGCUGGAAUGUGCCCUUGAAUGGCAAUAAUGUGUCUUGCUUGCCUGGGUGGAGAGAGGUGUGUGAAGAAGCCUUGGACUGCUUGAACGUAACCUACUGCUGCCUCUAGCAAGCUUGGGCUCCCAGAUGUUGUCGGACUGCAGGUCACAGCAUCCUUGACCUUUGGGGCCAACAACAUCUGGAGACCCAAGGCUGCAUUACCGUACAGAAGGUAAGGGUUGCAUCCAUUGCUUUGCCCCCUUUUGCCUCUAUUUCAGCCCACCCCUGGAAGGUUUCCCAAGAGGCAAAGUGGCCCUCGGGCUGUAAAACCUUCCUACCCCUGGACAUGGGCGUAGCCAGGAUUUUUGUUGGGGGGGGCAGUCCUUUUGUUGGGAGGAGCAGAACCUCAAUUACCUAUGUAUUUUUAUUUCUUUUUAUUGAUGGGGGGCAGCUGCCCCUCCCUGCCACCCCCUUGGCUACGCCCAUGCCCUUGGAAUAGAUCAAUCACAUGCGAAUGUCUUGGCGCAGCUUUGGAAGUGUGUUUCAUUUGUAUGGGUUUAAACUAGAGUAAAAUUUCUGGGAAGUUACUGUGCCUGGAAAUUGGGGAGCAAAAGGUGAGUGCAGGUAAGCCCUGAAUGUUCAGAGUAAAUAUAGGCCAGGAUUCCUGUUUGGGCUCCAUGAGGCAUCGUCUCAAUCUGGGAUGUACAGCCUUUGCUUUUUUGCCUCAAUCUAAUCUCCUGCCUGCCCGCAGGGUAGCAAUGGGAGCUGUGAACUCAUUGUCUGGGUGGGGUGCCUACCUGCCAACACUAAGGCCUGUCAUUUUUGUUAUCAUAGCUCAGAACCCAGAGAGCAAACGGAGCAUGAGUCAUCAUUGGCCAGCUUUCCCUUUGUUCUGGAAGCCACCUCCUGCGUAAGGGAGCCUCUAAAUCAGUGCCAAGCAGCAGCAGCAGCAGCAGCAGCAGCAGCAAAGGUGGUUGCCAAGAGGAAGAUCAGAAAACCUAGAGGCUAGGCUAAAGGGAAGCAUUUAAUCACUGGAUACAGGAAGAGACUUGGAAAUCCUUGCAGGCAAAAAGUAAAAGCCACUCUCGGAUCUGGGGCCUGUACAAACCAGUCUGGUCUGACCCCACCCACGUUAUCGCCUGUUAGGGUUUUUGUGUGUAUUCUUGGGGAGGAGUUCAAAUCCUGCAGCUGGUGAUGACAUGUAGCCAGAUAGGUCAUCUGCGUACUUUGGACUAGGACCAGCCCACCUCUCCUCUGCACUAGCUUUCUGCAGCAGUGCUAAAUUUGACAAUAGCACCUGUGUCACUCUUUGUGCCAAGCAGCAAGCUGGGAGAGAUAGGAGUUUUGGUCUGAUUCAGCAGGUCUCCUCCUGUCUUCAAUAAGGUGCAGAUAGGAGCCUAGGAAGCUAGCUGCCUCCUACUGUGCAGUCAGACCCAUAGGUCCAUCUAGCUCAGUACUGACUAAUGAAAGACCGUGUCCUACCCUCCACACUCUGGUGUUAAGAUCAGUAGAGGGGGCUCUCUUAGUAACUCCAUCAGAAGUUCAGGUGUGUUUGUGGCUGUGUGGCCCAGGAGAGGGCAUUAUCUGUGGCAGCCUGUGGAUUGUUUUCUUCUGUGCCAUUCCCUCUCCACAGAGAUGCAUCCGGUACCUUCAUAGUAAUAGUUUAUGCCAUAUGCUGGAGAGUCACCUCUUUACCCUGGCUUUGACACUUGAGACGUGUUUUCAGGACCUGCCCUAUUCAAGUAACUCAUUUAUCUUAGCUGUUUUAAAUAUUGCAUUUUAAAUUAUUGUAACCUGCUCUGAUUGUGAAGGGCAGUGUCUGGCAGCAGCUGUCCAGGGUUUCGGGCAGGGGACAUUCCUGGUCCUACCCAGAGUUUCCAGGGAUUGAACCUGGGUCCUUCUGCCUGCACAGCAGAUACUGUACCACUGAACUACAACCCUAUUUAUGUGCUAGAACAUUUUAGCUUCUCUCUUUUUUUUAUAAGAUAUUUAUUAAAGUUUAGACAUUACAAAGAAAAGAGAAGAGAAACAAAAGAAAAAUACAAGCAAUAAGCAAUUACAAAACCUCAAAAACAAAAAUGGGUACAGUAAUACAAAACAUCAACAAUACAAAAAAGAAAAAAACAAAAAACAAAAAACAAAAGCAUUUAAAAAACCCAAAAGAGAACAGACAAACAUACAACCCCCCCCCCCAUAUUUUCAUAUCCUUAUCUUUCAUUUGCUUAUUUCCUCGACUUCCUCACACCUCCUUUUUUGUAUUCUAGUUCAAUUAAUUAUUCCAGCAAGUCCUUUCCCUCUUUCUCAAAUUUAGUUCCAUAAUUUAUCUUAAUGCAAUUUAGACUUAAAUUUACAUCUUUACCCAAUGUCAAUCUGUUCAUACUUAAUUCUUUAUAGUAUUUCUACUAAAGUCAUAUAGCUUCUUUCCAGCAUCCUUCUAACAUUCAUUAAUUUUAGAGUAUUUCUGUAAAUAUACUUUAAAUUUUUUCCAAUCUUCUUUCACCGACUCUUCUCCCUGGUCUCGGAUUCUGCCAGUCAUUUCCGCUAAUUCCACGUAGUCCAUCAGCUUCAUCUGCCAUUCUUCCCUGGUAGGUAGGUCUUGUGUCUUCCAGUGCUUAGCAAUAAGUAUUUUUGCUGCUGUUGUGGCAUACAUGAAAAAAACUCUGUCCUUUUUUGACACCAAUUGGCCCACCAUGCCCAGGAGAAAGGCCUCUGGUUUCUUUAAAAAGGUGUAUUUAAAUACCUUUUUCAUUUCAUUAUAGAUCAUCUCCCAGAAUGCCUUAAUCUUUGGGCACGUCCACCAAAGGUGAAAAAAUGUACCUUCAGUUUCAUUACAUUUCCAACAUUUAUUAUCGGGCAAAUGAUAAAUUUUUGCAAGCUUGACUGGUGUUAUGUACCACCUGUAAAUCAUUUUCAUUAAAUUCUCUUUUAAGGCAUUGCAUGCCGUAAACUUCAUACCAGUGGUCCAUAACUGUUCCCAGUCAGCCAUCAUAAUAUUAUGUCCAACAUCCUGUGCCCAUUUAAUCAUAGCAGAUUUCACCAUUUCAUCCUGAGUAUUCCAUUUCAACAGCAAGUUAUACAUUCUUGACAAAUUCUUAACUUUAGGAUCUAACAAUUCUGUUUCCAGCUUUGAUUUUUCCACUUGAAAACCUAAUUUUUUAUCCUGAUUAUAUGCCUCCAUUAUUUGAUAAUAAUGGAGCCAAUCUCGCACUGUUUUUUAAUUUUUCAAAGCUCUGUAAAUUUAAUCUGUCACCCUCUUGUUCCAAAAUUUCUCAAUACUUGGCCAUUUGGCCUCCAUAUUGAGUUUUUCUGGGCCUUUGCCUCCAUAGGUGACAGCCAUCUUGGGGUUUUAUUUUCUAACAAAUCCUUAUAUCUUAUCCAGACAUUAAACAGUGCUUUUCUUACAAUAUGGUUUUUAAACGCUUUGUGUGCUUUGACCUUAUCAUACCACAAAUAUGCAUGCCAACCAAAUACAUUAUUGAAACCUUCCAAAUCCAAAACAUCCGUAUUUUCAAGAAGCAUCCAUUCUCUCAGCCAGCAAAAAGCAGCUGAUUCAUAGUAAAGUUUUAAGUCUGGCAGGGCAAAUCCACCUCUUUCUUUUGCAUCAGUUAAAAUCUUAAAUUUUAUAUGAGGCUUCUUGCCCUGCCAGACAAAUCUGGAAAUAUCUCUCUGCCACUUCUUGAAACAGUCCAUUUUGUCCAAAAUUUGCAGUGAUUGAAACAAAAAUAACAUUCUUGGCAAUACAUUCAUUUUUAUCACAGCAAUUCGGCCUAGCAACGAUAGCUUCAAAUUUGACCAUAUUUCUAAGUCUUUUUUCACUUCAGUCCAGCAUUUUUCAUAGUUAUCCUUAAAUAAAUUCACAUUCUUAGCAGACAUAUUGACCCCUAAAUAUUUCACUUUCUUAACCAGUGUCAGACCUGUCUCCCUCUGAAACUUCUCUCUCUCAAUCACAUUCAGAUUUUUCUCCAGAACUUUAGUUUUCAUCUUAUUCAGCUUAAAACCUGCUACCUGGCCAAAUUCUUAAUCAAUUCUAAUACUCUUUUCGUACUUGAUUCUGGCUCCUGUUAAGUCAAUACUAAGUCAUCUGCAAAUGCUUUCAGUUUGUACUGUUUAGCUCCCACUUGUAUACCUUUAACCAACUGGUCCCUUCUAAUCAUAUUUAGCAGAACCUCCAGGACCGAAAUAAAAAGCAAUGGAGAGAUUGGGCAGCCCUGUCGUGUUCCUUUCUCAAUCUUGAAUUCUUCCGUCACUACGUUAUUCACAAUUAAUUUAGCCUUUUGUUCUGAAUAAAUUGCACCUAUACCAUUUCCAAAACUUUUACCAACCCCCAUCCCCGAUAAAUUCUUCUUCAUAAAACUCCAAGAAAUAUUGUCAAAGGCUUUCUCCGCGUCCACAAAAAUCAAAACUGCUUUAGUAUUAAUCUUCACUUGUAGCUUUUCUAAAAUAUUAAUUAUAUUCCUCGUAUUAUCAGACAAAUGCCUGCCCGGGAGAAAGCCCGCUUGGUCUUUAUGAAUUUCUUCCGCUAACACCUUUUUUAAUCUUUUAGCCAAAAUAUCUGCAAAAAUUUUAUAAUCCACAUUAAGCAAUGAUAUGGGACGGUAGUUUUUAAGUUGCGUCUUCUCAGACUCUGAUUUUGGUAUAAGUGUAAUAUAUGCUUCUUUCCACGACUCAGGUGCCCUUUUCCCUUCCAAUAUUUCAUUACAGACUUCCUUUAAUGGUUGUACUAACCAUUCUUUCAAGGUUCUGUAGUAUCUAGAAGUCAGUCCAUCCGGUCCUGGAGAUUUACCUAGUUGCAUAUUCUGAAUGGCCCCUUCUACUUCCUUAGAACAUUUUAGCUUCUCACCUUGUCAGCUGCUGUUUUGUUACUCAAAGUAACAUAUAUAUUAUUUUAGUGAUAGUAUAUAUGAUACAGAUAUUCCUUUGCCUGAGAAGCCAGGAAUGCCCCUUUUUCUAAUAAUGCAGUUGUUGCCAUCAGUUUUUAUAAUAGGCUCAGGGCACUCUUAGUAGGACUGCAUGCUCUCAAAGCAUUUCUUACGUCCAGUAAAAGCAGGGCCUUUAUUGUGGUGGUGCCGGUCAUUUGGAAUGCACUUUCAAUGGACAGCAGUAAACACAAAGGUUGCGGACGUUACUCAUCAUCUAGAUAGCCUGAUAGGUAGUGCUGGAGAGGUAUCAGUGGUCGUGGUGCAUGUAAGCACCAAUGACAAGGAAAUGUAGUCUCGAGGUCCUGGAAGCCAAAUUUAGGAUGCUAGGUAGGAUGCUGAAAGCUGAGACUGGCUUACAGCUGAUCUGUUCACCCAGGCUUUGCCUGAGGGGUAAUCCUGCUAUGCUGAUUUAUCAACCUGUUAUUGUGAUUUGUGGUGUAUUCUGUAUUCGUUUUAUGAAGGUUGCAGGCUUGCCAUCUCUGCCUUAUUAAGUACUUGUAUUUAUAAGUAGUAUUUGACAAUGUUAAAAAAAAAAGCUGCACAAUUAAUCAGGGGCAAAUGCCUUCUCAGUAGUGGCACUACAACUGUAAAAAUUGCUGAAAGGAACCUAAAGAAAAGCCCUGCUAGAUCAGAACAAAGACCUCUUGGGGUACCUCAAGACUCAUUAUUUUGUGAGAAGGAUUCAAGCACAUACCCAAAAUUUAUGCCCUGUUUUAGGAGAACCUAAUCACUCAAAGAGCUAUCCUUUUCAUAGUGGUUUAACAACCAACCCUUCUUCUCAGGGAAAUGUAGCUCUGUGUGGAGAAUAGGGGCAGUACUAGGAAUUCUCGGUCCCUAUGAUUUUUUGGCCAUGACUGUUAAAAGUGGCAUAAAGGUAAAGGUAAAGGGACCCCUGACCAUUAGGUCCAGUCGUGGCUGACUCUGGGGUUGCGGUGCUCAUCUCGCUUUAUUGGCCUAGGUAGGCGACGUACAGCUUCUGGGUCAUGUGACCAGCACGACUAAGCCGCUUCUGGCGAAUCAGAGCAGUGCACGGAAACGGCGUUUACCUUCCCGCCGGAGCGGUACCUAUUUAUCUACUUGCACUUUGAUGUGCUUUCGAAUUGCUAGGUUGGCAGGAGCAGGGACCGAGCAAUGGGAGCUCACCCCGUUGUGGGGAUUCGAACCACCGACCUUCUGAUUAGCAAGCCCUAGGCUCUGUGGUUUAACCCACAACGCCACCCGCGUCCCUUAAAAGUGGCAUAGUACAGCUUUAUAUAGUGCAGAUGGGACUGAGGUUUUAGCACUUAAAGUGGAUUGUAGUGGUCUAUUGCCUUUUUUUUUUUUUGCUGUUAGUAAAGUGAUGGAAUGCUCUGAAAAGUGUGGUAUGAAUGAAUGAUUAACAGCGCGAUGUGUAAGGGCACCCUGCAAAUCCGAACAAAUGCUCAUUGUUCUGCAACUGUCCUGCAGACAAAACUGGAAUGAAUGCUUAAACAAAAGCCGCACAUAGUCUAAUCUCUGUGUCACCUUUGUGCAAGCAAAUCAAGAUGAGUGCUCAAUAAACAGGUCGUCUGGAGGAGCCUAAAGUCCAGCAUCCUGUUUCUCAAAGUAGCCAAGCAGAUGCCUAUGGGAAGCCUGCAAGCACGACAUAAGGACAAUCGCCCUUCUGUGGGAGAAUUGCCAGGCUCCCGCACUUCCUGCAUCUUGAGAGAAGGUUGUGGGGAGUGAUUAGGAAGCCUUGUUCCUCUCGUAGGGCUGCAGUUCCCAAAGUGGUUUAACGACGAACUCUUGAGAAUGCUAGAUCAGGGAGGGAAAUAUUAGCCUCCAAACAGCUCUCAGCACCCAUAACAAACUGCGGUUCCCAGGAUUCUAUAGGAGAAGCUAUGACCGUUUAAUGUGGCAUGCUUUGUAUGCAUACAUAGCUGUGAACUUUUCCCUUUCUUGUGAGGAAUCCUAUUCAGAAUAAGGGAAUUUCCCUUAAAAAAAGGGAAAAGUUGACAGCUAUGUAUUCAUAGCGCAGAUGAGACAUAAUGUCCAGCUUUAUGUCAAUGGGCUUCAGAACUUGCUGCUUUUAGGAUGCUCUUGAAAAUGUUUUUAGUGCAGCAUUGCUGACUUAUUUAAACACGCCCCCCCCCCCCGCGCGCGCAAACACCCCUUUUAGUCCAAUCGAAAGUUUGCAGUAGAUAAAUAGCAACCGAUUAAGCCAUACUGUGUUGGGAAUAAAUCCUGAUCUCGGCUUUAAAAGGUUGGCAAAAGGGCGUGGUGCCUUUAAGGAAACGGCUCCUCCCAGGUCAGGGAAAAAUUCAAGCUGUUCCUGAAGCAGCUGUGGUUGGUGGUUAACCGCGACGAGAGCAGGGGAAUCUGCGGGGCGCGCUGCGUACAGGUACCCCUCUUUUUCCAUGCCAAUUCCUCAUCUGCCCCCACCCCCUCGCCCCGCCAUCGUGGGGCCCCACUCAGCACUCCACCUUCCAGCCCUGGGCCCCUUUCCAAAGUAAGGCUUUUGCACCACCACCAGUUUCUGUCCUCGAUUUCAUCCCCGCCCUAGUUCGCAAGCCUGUUUUGCCUGCUUUUAAAAGGCUAGCGUGGCAUUAGUUAACCACCUAGGGGACAGGUGCCGUUCCCCAUCCCAAAGUCCUGCUUGGAUGGUCUGGCCUGCAGGUCCUCCUUUGGUGUGCAAAGGCUGGCUGGGUUUAGAAAGGCACUCGGCAUGUGCUUUGGGGCAAGGGUUCCAAGUCAAUACUGCUUGGACUUACCUGGAAGUAAGGGACGGGAGUCCUCGGUGAGGGGUCUGCCCAAAGUUCUCUCGUGAGGUGUGUAUCCAUUGUUCUUUCGCCCUAAUGUUUUCCUGGGCUCGCUCUGGUUUAUGAACUGUGUGUUUCCUUUAUCAGGUGCAUUGUUUAGAAACAGCAGUCUUUGCUGUUAAAUCCCGGUGUGUUUUUAUGUUGGCUUCAGGGAUUUAACUUCCCCUCAAACCUGUUGGAAUUGUAUAUGUGAAGGUGUUCAUAUGGAGAGUCUUCCUGAGCAUGUGCAAAGUGUUUUUCCCUUUUAUCAAUUCAUUUAGUUGUUAGUUGCAUUUAUAUCCUCCUUUUCCUCCAGGGAGCUUAAGGUGGCACACAUGGUUCUCCCCCUCUCCAUAUUAUCAUCACAACAACCUUGUGGGGUAGACUAAGCUGAGGAUUGGUGACCCAGCGAGCUUGGAUUUGAACCCUGGUCUUGGCAUAGCAGAGUAGUUGCAGCUUGCAGGAGGAAACCUUAAGUCAGAUGACAUAGCCUCAAGGCAGACUCAUGUUCUUGGGCGUAAGGGAGAGAAUUUUAGGCACAUUCAAAGGUGUUGCCUCUUACAUUGCAAGAUCCAGAGCUGAUCAUCUGACAUUACAAGUGAAGGGCCUCCCCAGUCUGGGUUUCAUUUUGCUUUUUUGACAGGUACAUUCCGUAGCAUAGCAACAAGGCAAUCGUAUUUAUUCAUUUUUAUUUACUUAACAAGAUUUGUAUAGCACUUGGCUGUAAGAAAACCUCUAAGUGGUUUUCUUUUUCUUUCUUUUUUUAAAAAAACAAUAAGUAAGUUAAAGCAUGCAAUUUAAAUAUUUAAAAGAGAAUUAAAAUUAGCUGUAAGCAAAAUGAGAUUUUAAAAUGUGAACACCUACACACAUCUAGAUGUGUGUUCUAAGCAGGUGCCGAAAAAACAACAACAAAAGGUGCGUGCCUGGUGUCAAUGGGCAGGGAGUUCCAAAGUGUAGGGCUGCCACCCUAAUUUUUUUUUCUUUUUCUUUUUAGAAUUAUGGCAUACUGGACUGUCUAUACACUAUUCUGCUUUAUUAGUUUUCCCGCAGUACUUCCCCAAGGUUGUUACAUGAUUACUGGCAUUUGGAAGGGCUCUCUUGAGCUAUUGUGCAAGAAAAGCAAGCGCUCCCCCCCCCCCCCAAAAAAAAAACUUACAGGCUCUCCGCUGGAAGUUGCACUGAGUAGAAAUGAAGCAGUGUGCCAUCUCUGAAAACAGAACCGCAUAUGACAGCCCUGAUACCAUCGUGAGCAUAAAUCAUUAUGAAUGCACAGCAGAAGGGUGGCUCACUCAUAGGCUGGUUAAGAUGAGUAUGUUUUUGUCAGCUAUGUUGGGCAAGAACUGUCUCAUUUCUCUCAAGGGAAUCGUUACAGGUAGUUGUUUGAGGAAUGGCUUCCUCCUUCAGAAGUGGAAGGGUGUGCGUGUGUGUGUGAGACCUAACCAGGCAUAUCAGCUAAGUGGAGCACUUCGCAUUGUGCGCUGUUUUUCUAUGGUUAGUGCUAAAGAGUCCAUGACCAUGUGUUGAUAAAAGUUUUCGAAAAUGUCAUGUGUUCUUCCACAGGAUCCUGUGGAAUGGUGUGUUGCUGCUGUUUCAUAGGAACCAAAUCCUAGGAGCCAAGGUCCCUUCGACCCCCCCUAAAAUAUUUGAGGGGUCCUGGCGCCCCCAGAGUUGAUGAGCAUUGCCAUUCAAAUAGUGUGAAUGUGCCGUAUCAUGAGAUUGACUAUGUGGUGUGGGAUUUACCUGGGCCCGCCAAUAUUUUAUUCAAGCUGGCACCCCUGGCUGUUUUGUGUUUUAAUGAUUCUGUGCCAAUUCAAAUAUCCCAAACAGCUUUGGAGGCCAGCUAGGGGUCCUUCAGCCCAUGGCGUAGGAAGGGGGGUGCGGUGGGUGCGGGUCACCCUGGGUGUCAUCACUGAGGGGGGUGACAAAAUGGCAAAAAUAUGUGAUUUUAAAAAAAAAUUGGGCUCAUGACACUUUUUUAAAUUUAAGAAACAACAACAACUUCCUCACCCACUGCACCCCCCUCCUAUGCCACUGGUAGCUAGGUGAGGCGGGGGGCACUGGGCGUCACACUGUGGGACCUGCAGCGUGCCUGAGCAACGCAUCUCUCCUGAGGCGGAGGCGGCGGGCGGACUGCCUGCAAGCUCUGCGCUGCAUUUUCGAGGAGCACGGGGCUUGCGUCUGCCCGCCGCCUCAGCUGCCCUACAGCUGAGGGGAAGGUUGCAGAGAGGCUCCACGCCGCGCGCGCUGCUCCUGGCACGCUACUGCCUUCGGCUAAGGCACACUCCUGAUCUUGAAACAUGAAGCAAUAUGUUUGGUGUGGGUGCACUUGUACGCAGGACGGGGGACACCAGGUGGAGUGGAAAAUAGGAUAUUGAGUCUCCUAUCCUGGCGUCCCAAGAGGUAUUUGUUUUUCAAAUACCAGAGCUGAGUGUUUUUAUCAAACAUGCUUCCUCUUUGCUGUGGGAAAAUGUGGGGCAGCUGAGCAGGAAAUUAAGUGUGUUUGUGUUUAAAUGCAGGGGAGGGAAGACUUCAGGCUUUGAGGUCUUCCAGCAGGAGCCAAGUGCAUAAUAGUAGUUAAUUCAAUUUCCUUAAUUCUACAUGUAUCUUGGCCAAGGGAUUUGUUUUCAGUAGCAGAAAUGCGAUUCCACCUCUUUCACACAGAAACGCAAUGCUUCCUUCAUUUUAACAGCCUGGAAUAUGCAGGGAAAGCCCUACCUAGAGAUGCAAGGGAUUGAACCCGGGGCAUUCUGCAUGCACGGCAGAUGUUUUUAUUGCAGAAAAGUGGCAAAUUUCUGGGUGACGGUUCAGUUGCGUCAGCAACGUUUUCUGGCUCCCACUCAAACAACAACGACGAAAAGGCUUUCCUUCAUCAACUCUUUUAAGGGUCAUCCACACUUUGCUUGUCCCAGGCUUUGAGCAGUUUUCUAUUUGCCUUUUCCUGGGAAAACCUGCUCUUUAUCACCGAAUCGGAGCAAGCAUCAAUUUGCGGAAACCCUGAUUUACUGCAGUUCAAUGGUAAAGAGUGGGUUUUCCUGUAGGGAAGCGGCUGGACAAGAAGAAGUGUGGAAGUCCUUUGUCUCAGCCUAUCCUGUCUCACAGGCUUGUUGUGAGGAUAUGAUAGGGAGUGGGAAAACUUAUGUACACCACCCUGAAACCUUUGCAUGAAAGAUGGGAUAUAAAUGUAAUAAAUGAAUAAGUUUAGAAACAAGCCUGUUUCUGCUUGUAGGUGUGAAUUUAUUUCUUUUUGCAUGGCUUAUUAUGGGGUGCGCUAGGUAAUCCGUACUACUCACUGCCUGUCCAAACCAUCAUUGUGUACCUUCUUCAAGUUUGUGGAUCUCAAGAGUCUUUUAGGCCAUGUAAAGGUAAAGGUAAAGGGACCCCUGACCAUUAGGUCCAGUCGUGACCAACUCUGAGGUUGCGGUGCUCAUCUCGCUUUAUUGGCCAAGGGAGCCGGCGUACAGCUUCCGGGUCAUGUGGCCAGCAUGACUAAGCCAGAGCAGCAUGGCGAACCAGAGCAGCACCCGGAAACGCCUUUUACCUUCCCGCCGGAGUGGUACCUAUUUAUCUACUUGUACUUUGACGUGCUUUCGAACUGCUAGGUUGGCAGGAGCAGGGACCGAGCAACGGGAGCUCACCCCGUCGCGGGGAUUCGAACCGCUGACCUUCUGAUCGGCAAGUUCUAGGCUCUGUGGUUUAACCAACAGCGCCACCCGCGUCCCUUUUAGGCCAUGUACACACCAUGUAUUUAAAAGCUUGUUGUUUUCCCCAAAGAAUGCUGGGAACUGUACUCAGGUAAGGGUGCUGGGAACUGUAGCUCUGUAAAGGCCUUAAGUUACCAAGAGUGUUUGCGGGAGAUACUGUUGUUGGCGUCAUUCUGCCUCAAGAGACAAUGGAGUGUGCUUCCGGGGGCGGAGUCAAUCUGCUGCAUUAGCAGCACUGAAUUGGUCUCUCAGGGCAUGAGCCUGGGCAGUGUGUAUGGAGAUCCUGGGCUGUCUCGCUGAUGUGAUCCAAAGGAAAGCAGAGCAAUAUGUUUGGCAUAAGCCUGGCUGCAGGAUGUGACAGAAGCUGGCAUACAAGGCACCAUCCAACCGUCUUGGGGAUCUGAGUAGGGCUUGCUCCUUAGCUUUUUCUUCUCCUGAAGAUAUCCUUCAAGGCAGCAGAGGUUUAGGACUAGAGUUUUACUUCUCCUAGAUGGGCUCCCUUCCCAGGUUGAUGAGCUCCACCUGCACAGCAUGUGCAAAAACUGCCUUCUUUUUUUUUUUUUAUAAUGAUAUUUAUUAAAGUUUCACAAAAAUACACAGGACAAAGAAAAAAGUAUAAAGUACAGCAAAAAAGUAGAAAAUAAGAAUAAACAUACAAAAUAAAACAGUUAAAAACACAAUAAUGUUCCAUAACCUAUCUUCCUUACUCUUAUUUCCCCGGACCUCCUCAUACCUCCCUUCUUUGUAUUCCAGUUCCAUUUGUUGGUUCAGCAAAUCCUUACCAUUAAUCUUUUACCCAAUUGUUAACCUUUUUUUCUUUUUCCAUAUCUCUUAAAGCAUUACAGCUAAAAACCUCUUAGUUUCUAUCCAACAUCCUUCUAAAGUUCCUUAAUUUUGCAACAUUUCUGUAAAUAGUCCUUAAUUUUUUCCCAGUCUUCUUUCACCGAUUCUUCUCCCUGGUCUCGGAUUCUGCCGGUCAUUUCCGCCAAUUCCAUGUAGUCAAUCACCUUCAUCUGCCAUUCUUCCAAAGUGGGUAGAUCUUGUGUCUUCCAAUACUUUGCAAUAAGUAUUCUUGCUGCUGUUGUAGCAUACAUAAAAAAAGUUCUGUCCUUCUUUAGCACCAGUUGGCCGACAAUGCCCAAGAGAAAGGCCUCUGGUUUCUUCAGAAAGGUAUAUUUAAAUACCUUUUUCAGUUCAUUAUAUAUCAUUUCCCAGAAAGCCUUAAUCUUUGGGCACGUCCACCAAAGGUGAAAGAAUGUACCUUCAGUUUCUUUACAUUUCCAACAUUUAUUGUCGGGCAAAUGAUAGAUUUUUGCAAGCUUGACUGGGGUCAUGUACCACCUGUAUAUCAUUUUCAUGAUAUUCUCUCUUAAGGCAUUACAUGCCGUAAACUUCAUACCUGUGGUCCAUAACUGUUCCCAGUCAGCAAACAUAAUAUUAUGUCCAACAUCUUGUGCCCAUUUAAUCAUAGCAGAUUUCACCAUUUCAUCCUGAGUAUUCCAUUUCAACAGCAAGUUAUACAUUCUUGACAAAUUUUUAGUUUUGGGUUCUAACAAUUCUGUUUCUAAUUUUGACUUUUCCACUUGGAAGCCUAUUUUCUUAUCCAAAUUAUAUGCCUCCAUUAUCUGAUAGUAGUGGAGCCAAUCUCUCACUUUAUUUUUAAUUUUUCAAAACUCUGCAAUCUCAAUUUAUCUCCUUCUUGCUCCAAAAUUUCCCAAUAUGUCGGCCAUUUGGCCUCCAUAUUGAGCCUUUUCAGAGCUUUUGCUUCCAUUGGUGAUAGCCACCUUGGGGUUUUAUUUUCCAAUAAGUCUUUGUAUCUUAUCCAAACAUUAAACAAUGCUUUCCUAACAAUAUGGUUUCUGAAUGCUUUGUGUGCUUUGACCUUAUCAUACCAUAAAUAUGCAUGCCAUCCAAAUACAUUGUUGAAACCUUCUAGAUCCAAAAUGUCUGUGUUUUCAAGAAGUAGCCAUUCUUUCAGCCAGCAAAAAGCUGCUGAUUCAUAAUAAAGUUUAAAGUCUAAAGUCUGGCAGGGCAAAUCCACCUCUUUCCUUGGCAUCAGUUAAUAUCUUGAAUUUUAUUCUGGGCUUCUUGCCCUGCCAGACAAAUCUAGAAAUAUCUCUCUGCCACUUCUUGAAACAGUCCAUCUUAUCUACAAUUUGUAAUGUCUGAAACAAAAACAACAUUCUAGGCAAUACAUUCAUCUUUAUCACAGCAAUACGGCCCAGCAACGAGAGUUUCAAAUUUGACCAAAUUUCUAAAUCUUUUUUCACUUCCGUCCAACAUUUUUCGUAAUUAUCUUUAAAUAAAUUCCCGUUUUUGGCUGUCAUAUUAAUCCCCAGGUAUUUCACUUUCUUUACCACAUUCAAUCCUGUCUCAUUCUGAAACCUCUCUCUUUCAAUCGGUGUUAAGUUUUUCUCUAAAACCUUAGUUUUUAACUUGUUCAAUUUAAAACCUGCCACCUGACCAAAUUCCUGAAUUAAUUCUAAAACUCUUUUAGUACUAGAUUCUGGCUCCUGUAACGUCAAUACUAGGUCAUCUGCAAAUGCUCUCAAUUUGUACUGCCUUCUUGUUCAAUUUAAAACCUGCCACCUGACCAAAUUCCUGAAUUAAUUCUAAAACUCUUUUAGUACUAGAUUCUGGCUCCUGUAACGUCAAUACUAGGUCAUCUGCAAAUGCUCUCAAUUUGUACUGCCUUCUUGACCAUUGGACCCACUAUUGGCCUCAUCUGCCCACUCCACUAGAGCCUGUCUUCACAUGCAGAAGAUGCUCCUAACUCGCUGAGGGUUUGAGACCCAAUGGCUACCCUCACCUGGUUUAGCCAGUCGAAGCCAUUUUCUGGGAGUGUGGCCACUGUUGCAGGCUGGCACCUAUAGGAGCCACAGGUGAGAGCUAGUGCACGGUGGGGACCAAAGGUGGACAAAUCACUCCAGAAGGAACACAAUGUGUCCCCCACCAGAGGUACUGCCCCUCCCCUAAGACACCAUGUGGAAGAUAAUGUGCUUCAAAUGUAUGGUGUGUAUGCAGCCAUCAUGGGGGAAAAACCCAAUAGAUCCACAAGCCUGAAGUCUCUGCCCCCACCCCAUGCCAUGUCUCCAAUAUGAAAGGGCUCAGUGGCAAAGCAUCUGUUUUGCAUGCAGAAGGUCCCAGGGUUAAUCCCCAGUGUCUCAGAGUAGGGUUGAGAACAUCUCCUGCCUGAAACCCUGAAGAGCGUCUGCCAGUCAGUGUAGACAAUACUGAGCUAGGGUGAUCAAUGCUCUGACUCAGUGUAAGGCAGCUUGCUAUGUUUUGUUUUCACAUGGUUUUUCACCAUUUUCACAUUCACCAUUAUCACAUGGCUUUUCACCAUUUUCACUAUUUUCCACUAUUAAUAUUUAUUCUGUCAGGGUAGGCUUCUCUGAGUCAGGUGGGCCAACUGUCUGACUCUGGUAUAGGACAGUUUCUUGUGUUCCUACAGCGCUUCACCAGCUUCCCCUUCACCAAAGGCCGAAUUCAUGGUGGAGGCUUAAAAACUGUAGGGAACGUAACUGACCCUGCCAGCCCCCUCAGCUGGUUCAGCCUCAUUCUUCAGCUUCUUGGUGACAUAGGACUGUGGAGGAUGGGGCCCUGAUCCAUUCUUUUCAUAUCUCUCCCAGACUGCUCAGACUGCUCUGCUGCCUUGUCUCUUUUCACUCUCUCACAACAGUGUACAGUGGUGCCUUGCAAGACGAAAUUAAUUUGUUCCGCGAGUUUUGUCGUCUUGCGAUUGUUUUCGUCUUGCAAAGCACGGUGUCGGGAAAGUUUUGGAAAAGCUUCAAAAAUCACCAAAGUCUUUAAAAACCUCAAAAAAGGCUACCACACCGCAUUCUAUGAGUUGCUCCUCGAAGUCAAGUCGCAACUGUACUAACGGUGUUAAGAAAAAGGAAACAAACUUGCAAGACGUUUCCGUCUUGCGAACGUAGGGAAAAUCGUCUUGCGAAGCAGCUCAAAAAACAAAAAACCCUUUCGUCUAGCGAGUUUUUUGUCUUGCGAGGCAUUCGUCUUGCGGGGCACCACUGUAGUUCCGUGGCCACAAUCCUCUCCUCAGACCUUUGGGUCUCUCUUCUGAGGCCCUCUCUGUUAAUGAUGGGUGACUUGCAUGGGCGUAGCCAGGAUUUUUGUUGGGUGUGGGCAGGCCUUUUGUUGGGAGGGCAGGGUCAGAGCCUGCUAGCUUAGUCUUUUUAUUGAUUUGGGGCGGCGGCAGCUGCCCCUCCCUACCCCCCCCCCCGCUAAACCCAUGGUGACUUGGCGUUGAUCAAGUUGGCACCAGGAUACCUUAAAACUCAGUACUGUAGAUGGGUUUUUGUUUUUGCAUGAAUGUUAGUGCAUUAACUCCUAGAUAUUUUUUAAAAAAUAAAAAGUAGCAUGUUUUUGAGACUUUUGUGAGGAUUUCUUUGUUUUGGAGGGCAAAAAUAAUCAAAAUCAUAACGGAAUCCCCAUCCCUCUGAAGCCCAGAUAUUUUUGUGGCAUCUAUUGAUUUCACUGUCUUUUUUCAGAGUGAUUCCCCCUGGCCCCUAUCUUGACUUUUCAUUCAAAGCCCAGGUAUCAAAAUGGUAGAGAUCUUAGGCUCUUCUCUUCUCUCUUUCUCCUCCUCCCUCCGCUGUGCCAACAUUCAGAUAUUGUCUGCCUGGAAUAAGUUCCUAUGUGUUUCGCCGUAACCUUUAUGCCAAUUGGAUCCCCACUCUAAUCUUUUUAGCAAAUAUUGCAGCUGGACCCACUAUACUUGAAUCGUCUUUGAGAAGCAUUGUUCUGUCUUGUCUCUUUCUGUCAGUCUUUCAUUAUAAGUACUACUAAUAGAGAACUGAGUUAUGGCAGAUAUAUAGCUAAAGCAGAGCUACUGAGAGACAGAGAAGAAAGUCAAACAUCUGCAGAAAUAGAAAAAAGUGUAUUGGAGGGAACUUAAGGGAGCAGCUUCUCUAGAAACAGCCAAAUGAAGACUGAGCAUGCUCAUAAUAUGGAAUGUCUAUUCGCUUGGGGAUAGGAUAGAGUACCCUAGGAAAAGGCACAAUUGGCUAGAACACCAGUGCUUCAGACUUUGGGUGCAUGUUCCACUUGUUUCUGCCAGUUUUCAGCUUUUUCAGUAGUUCCAUUGAUGAAGUAUACAUGCAUAUGCUUAUGCACUUCCAUCAGCUCCAGCCAACAUGGCCAAUGAUCAAGAACAAUGGGAGUUGUAGUCCUACAACCUCUAGCCCAUAUGAUGUAGUUCACAAUUGUUAUUUACAGAGCCUCUGCAGUAUAGCGGAUACAAGUCAGAGCUGUAAGUCGGGGACUUCCCAAUUUUAAAUCUUAUCUCUCAGGAAGACUUAGGCAAGCCUCUCUUGACCCUGGUUUCCUCACUGCCCCAACCUGCAGUAGAAUGCUUGGACCUUUUGUAGGCAACUAAAUUUGCAGCAAAACAAUGCAAAAAAGCAUCUUUUGAAACCAGGCUUACUUUAGCUAAUAUAGUAGGUCAGUUGCUUUCAGAGUUUUUGGUUUGCAUUCGCUCGUGUCAACAGGUUACAUCAGAAAUUCAGAGCCUGUGGCUGUCCAAAUGUUGGGACUCUGAAUCCCACCAUCCAUUAACUUUGGCUGUGCUGGCUGGGGCUGAAGGUAGUUGGAGUCCUGCAACAUUUUCUGGAGGACCACAGCUUCCUUAUCCCUGAGUUAAAUGAACGUGUAGUAUUCUUGCUCAGCUAUGCUAAACUCUUAAUCUUCCUUCUAGCUCUGAGAACUCUGCAGCCAGAGACUGGGAGCUGCCUUCCAACCUGGGGAUAACGAUGGAGGCUGUUGACUUGUCCUUCCUUUCGGAGGCUGAGAGGGAUCUGAUCCUCCAGGUCCUGCAACGAGAUGAAGCACUGCGGAAAGCAGAAGAGAGGAGAAUCAGGUGAGAGCCCAAAUGGCUCAGGGGUCAAGAGGGAGGCAAGAACACCGCUGCCCUUGCUUUGGAGAACUGAGCUGGUGUAGGAAUAUAGCCGAAACCUUUGCUGCUUGCUUAAGAUGACAAAAACAAGGGUGUUUGCAGGUUCCUAUUGGUCUGCUUCAGCUUCAUGGGUUGUGCAUUGUACAGGCCUGCCCUGAAGAAGUCUGGGUGAUUCAGAGUCGUUUUCCCAUCAUAGGGAUCUGCCUCAUACUGCGUCAGACCAUUUGUCUGUCUAGACGAUUUGUUGUCUUGGAAGCUUUCUUCUGUUUGCAACCUUUGGGAUCCAAAGCACUGUUUGGGGUUUUUGUCAGGAGGACAGUGAGGUACUGUCCAUGUGCCUAAGAUUGCCCAUCUCAUCAUCUCCCUGCUCAUUGCUAAACUCUGUAAAAUUGCCCAGUUUUUAUCUUUUCUUCCUCAGUGGUUGCUCUUAUAUUCUGUUUUGAGGCUCUGCCGCCUCUGUCUCUGCACUUACGUGGGCUAAGCUAGAGCACCAGUGAAAAAUAUUUUGCUUUAUUCAUCUCUGUGUAAGAUUUGUUACCUGCCCUUCACCAGAAGGGCCUACAAUGAAAAGUAUGAUUAUAAAAAACAAAUUGCAAUUAUGAAAGAUAUAAAACAAUUCCAAAUGGAACGGAACAGUUUAUUAGCAUAACUCUUUCUCUCUCUGAUAUACCAGUUAAUUACAUUAGACUUGGUGUUUAUUACACAAGGGACGUUAUCCCUUAUUUUAUGUCUUUUAUUCAUUGCUUAUUACAAGAGUCUCAAAGCAGCUUAAAACAAAUUAAAAAUGCAGCAAGUAACCUAAGGAAAAUAACUAAAUUAUUUAUUACUGCAUUUAUAUAUUUUUCUCUAAGGAGCACAGUGCUUCCCCCCUACCUCAUUAUAUUAUCACAGCAGCCUGUGAGGUUGGUAGAUCUGGGUUUGAGCAGAGGUUUUCCCAGGCCUCCUGCUACUUAACUGAAAGGGCCAGGCUAAGUCCUUCUGCAUGCAGGUCAGCUUCUGUGCUGCUGAGCCGUGGCCCUUUCCAGUCAGCAGAGGUACAGGCCACGUUCCUUAGCUUCUCACUCUCAUCUCCAUGUAGUACUCCUGAUAUAUAUACCUAGUCUUUUUCCCCAAGAGGCAUUCAAGGUGGUUUACAGAUAAAAAUAAGAACAGCUUAAAACAUUUGGUGGGGGGAAACGGUAAUUAAAAAAUAAUGAAACAUUAAUAGAAUUAAAACUCUGCAAAUAAUUACAGGUGCCCCCCCUUACAUGGGGGUUACGUUCCAGGCCCCCAUGCGCAUAAGGGAAAAUUGUGUAGGUGGGGCGCAACCUCUAAAAAGCCUCUAAACGCCCAGGUUUUCCUGCUCUCCAGAUCUCUCUCCCCACACAACUCUCCCUUCAACUAGAGUUGAAGCUCUGGGACCGGUUGGAGGCUGUGCAGAAAGCAGCUCCUCCUCCUCCUGAACCAAUGCACACAUCAGCUGUUAGGCAGGGAGGCUGAGCAGAGUAAACAAAGCCCUACCGCGCCUCCAGUCUCUUUGGGGCUUCCUCCGCCCUCACUGACGUCCUCUUUGGGGAGAGUCUCCUCGCGAGCCACGAGGACUCUCCAGCUCUCUCCUGCCAUUGCCUGGUAUGAUUCUAUUUCUGCAUUUACCUCCCAGCGCUGCGCAUGUGUGCGGUUGCGCACUAGUUAAUCAUGUGUAUAUGGGAUGAUGCCUAUACAAUAAAAACAGCAGGGCAUCAUUAGAAGCAACCAAUUCAUCAAAGCCUGUUGGGAUAAGGAGGUCUUCACCUCCUGGCAGAAGGACAGCAAGGAGGGAGCCAGUCCGACUUCUCCAGGGAGGGAGUUGCGCAGUCUGGGAGCAGCCACUGAGAAGGCCCUCUGCCGUGUCCACGCCAAGUGAGGGUGGUGGGACCGAGAGAAGGGCCUCUCGGAACCUGAUCAGGUUCAACUGAGGGCAUACUCUCUUUCAGAUAGCUUAGACCUAAGAGUACCAUCUUCACAGAUGCAAGCCUUAGCUGGACCAACCAGCGCCUGGAUUUCUGGAGCGGAUGCUGUGAGAUGUAUGGGAACUUAGGCUCCCUUCCUUUGUAUGUGGUAGUCUUUAGUCAUUCCCGCUUUGUGCUCCUUGCAACAGGCGCCUGAAGAAUGAGCUGCUGGAGAUCCGCAGAAAGGGAGCCAAGAGGGGAAGCCAGCGCUACAGCGAGAGGACGUGCGCCCGCUGUCAGCAGAGCCUGGGGCGGAUCAGCCCCAAAGCCAAUACUUGCCGUGGCUGCAACCAUCUGGUGUGCAGGGACUGCCGCUCCUAUAGCGCCAACAGUUCCUGGCGCUGCAAAGUCUGCACCAAGGAGGCGUAAGUUCGGCAGCUUGAGUUUGCCAGUGCUGCUUCCUGUCCUUGUGCUUCCUGUUCCUUGUCUCUUCCAGCUGCGGCUGUUUAUUGCAAGAUUCUAGCCCUCAAUAUUUACGCACAACUUGUUUUGUCUAAAGGCUUUAGGAUUCAGGAGUUUUAACUGUCCUGCUCAAUAAUUUAAACCUCUGUGCAUUCUUUUUAUUUUCCUUUGUAGAAAAGCACGGUGAAUACAGUUAGCAAGGCUGGGUUCUUGCCGCCAAGGCCAUGAGACUGGUACAAGAUUUAUUGAGCCAAUAAUGUUGCUGUGGAAUUGUUUGGGCAGUGGGAGGGCCCCAUGCUAACACACCCUUGAUAACUACCUACAGGGGAGCUUUGCUGUUCUUGCUGCAAAGCUGUGUCUGCAAAAUCCCAAAGUCAGCAACAAAACAUCUAUAGGUUUCCAUAAAUUGUCCCCCCCAUACAUUAAUGAGGGCUAGAAACUUGGGGUGUUUAGUUUAAUAAAACAACAACUCAGGAAGCCAAAUUCUAUUAUACAUAGUUGUGUAAUCAUCCAUGCUUCAGGAAAACUAAGUGAUGGUAAAAACUGAGCUGAACAUAAGUGAUUAAAUUGUUACAGAUGGUCUUUUGCAGCACUCUUUUCUCUCUCUCUCUCUCUCUCUGUGCAGGGAGCUGAAGAAAUCUACUGGUGACUGGUUCUAUGACCAAAGAGUAAAUCGAUUUGCUAGCAGGCUGGGCAGCGACAUCAUUCGAAUGUCUCUUCGGCGCAAACCACAGGGUAGGAUUUCUUGACAGUUCUUGGUCUGAAGAGGAGCAAAGAGUCUGUAGCUGCUGGUUCUUAUGCAGGAUUUUUGUUUGUAUUUUCCAAUUAAACAUAAUCAAAAGUUGCCCCAAAUAACUUAUUAGCUGACAAUUCAUGUCCUGGUCAGCAAACUCUUUACAUUCUCCACACUCUCCCCACCCUUUUAGAAAUCUAGCUUGACUUGCUUACUUGAGCUAUCUGUAUCUUCUCAAUAUCCUGUGUAUUUUCAUUCUUCAGCCAUGGUGAUGGCAUGGGCUGCUGAGAAGGAAGGGAGGCAAGCAAGCAAGCAAGCAAGCAAAGCAGCCUUACCAACCCCUCUUUCUUCCUCCUUGCUGCCACCAAAUGGAUGUCUAUUUUUUUCCUGACUUCCUCCAUUGAAUAUUUUGGACAUGAAUUGGCCCAACCUACUCCUGAUACAGUGGUACCCCUGGUUACAAACUUAAUUCAUUUUGGAGGUCCGUUCUUAACCCGAAACCAUUCUUAACCUGAGGCGCGCUUUUGCUAAUGGGGCCUCCCACGUCCGCUGUGCCGCCGGCACGUGAUUUCCAUUCUCAUCCUGGGGCAAAGUUCGUAACCCGAGGUACUACUUUGGGUUAGCAGAGUUUGUAACCCGAAGCGUUUGUAACCUGAGGUACCACUGUACUGGGUAAAGUGGCACAGCCCUUGGGUGUGGGGUAAAUGACAAGGCCUUGGACCAAGUUUUUCUGAAACAAAUUAUUCUUUGCUUACAGUUUUAGGAAGACACCAAGUUAAACAUCAUUUGAGGAUAUCAUUUGAGAAAAUGAUUUUAGACGGAAAAAAAGUUUGAAAAGCAAGCAAAUAAGCAGAGAGAAACUCUGUCAGCUACUGUCUUGUAUUCUUUUGUUCAGCUACUUUGUUUUAUUCUGUAUUUAUCCAUUUACAUUGCUCAGUCCAGCUUCUGGGUCCCUCAGAAUUCCCCCCCUCCUCCUUCUGGCUCCUUUCUGCUCUAAUGGUCUCACUAUUCAACUUUCUAUAACACUGGUUCCACAAUAACUGCAUUAACCAGUUUUCUAGCUUAUAGACAGUAGCCUUAUUUGCACAUAAAACUAUGGCAAAUGAUGCUUUAGCCUGAACAAGCAAGUGUGCUGGUGAGCAGUCAGAAAUCUGUGGUAGUUUUGCUCCUUCCUUGUUUGUAUUGCUGCUGCAUCACUGGAAGCUAAGCCAUGAUUUGGCACACCUGAACCUGUGCUUAUGGUUUGUCUCCCCCAAACAAAUUGUGACCACAAGCUCACAAAAUAAUAAUAAUAAUAAUAAAAAAUACUGGGCACAGUUUGUACUCUAUCUGGAACGAGACAACCCAUAAGCCUGAGUACAGAUGUAAUGCUAAGCCAAACCAAACCAUGGCUUAAUUCCUGCUAGUGUGGCAGCAGCAGGAACAGGGAGGAUCAAAGCAGCUGCAAUUCCCCCCCACCCCCAUGCAUCAACUUGUUUGCUUGUUCAUUCACUCCUAAGUCAUGGUUUGCUUUGGUGUUAACAGUUAAUGAGGCCAAAAAAAAUAUUUGAAAAAAUCACUCCCCCACUCAAAGAUUCUAACUUUUCAGAAGUUUCCAUUUGCUCCUAAUUGCCAAGUUCCUAGGAUGAUAGGAGUGGUGUUUUUGACAAUAUAUGGAGGGCUAAAGAUUGGCUAGCUCUGCACUAUAUAUAGCCACUGAGUGAACUGGGUUUGACACGGGUGGCACUGUGGUCUAAACCACUGAGCCUAGGGCUUGCCGAUCGGAAGAUCUGCGGUUCGAAUCCCCGCGACGGGGUGAGCUCCCAUUGCUUGGUCCCAGCUCCUGCCAACCUAGCAGUUUGAAAGCAUGCCAAAAAGUGCAAGUAGAUAAAUAGGUACUACUCCGGCGGGAAGGUAAACGGCGUUUCUGUGCGCUGCUCUGGUUCGCCAGAAGCGGCUUAGUCAUGCUGGCCACAUGACCCGGAAAAACUGUCUGCGGAAAAACGCCAGCUCCCUUGGCCUGUAAAGCGAGAUGAGCACCGCAACCCCAGAGUCAUUAUUGACUGGACUUAACUGUCAGGGGUCCUUUACCUUUACCGUUACCUUAUAUAAAUGUUAACUAUUGAAUGAACCUACCUCUCAAGGUUGUUAGCUGGGUGGAAGAUGCAUCCUGUGUACAACCUUGAGUUCCUUGUGGGGGAAAGGUGAGGUGGAAAUGUCAUGAAUAAAUGGGGACUGCUCCCAGUAUGUGUGCAUUGACCCUAAAAGGUUUGUUAUUUUUAUCCCUUCUCUUUUAGCUAACAAAAGGGAGACAGCAGGGCAAGCUCUUCUGCAGAAGGCCCAGCUCACCGAUACCAAAGGUUCCUCCAAGGCGGCACCAAGGAGUCCCCAGCAGCAACGCAAGGAUCCCAGGUGACUCUCUCUCUCUCCCACCCACCCCUUCUUGCUCCACCAUGCUGGGGCUGUUGCAGCAACAGGAGUCUGUUUCAUUCCUCUCACUAGCAGCAGUGAAUAUCAAAGCACAUGAAGGGAAAAUAUCAGCAUACUUACAUUCCUUCAAGUAUGCAGGAAGUGUAUAUGCCAGAGGUUUUCAACCUUUUUGGUUCACAGCUCCCUUGGCCAACUACAUUCUUUCUGCAGCACCCCUGCGGGGCUCAGGAGCCCAGUUAUAUUACCCCUUGCCGAAAGAACCAGCAGCCCCUCACCACUUUUCGAACACCCUCCCUUGUUGAGUGUUCACUCAGCCUCCUCUCUUCUCCCCUCUCCUUGGGAGUCCUCCGAGCAGCCACUGGUGCCACCCAUGGUCUCUCAGCUGCCCAGCCUGCCCCCAAAGAGAGGUGCUUCCUCACACUGCCCCACAGGGACCUGGGAAGCAGUCCCUGGCCAGCCCCGGAGGCACCAUUCACCUGGGGAGUUUGUAGCCAGGGCUGCUGCAACAAACAGCCAAUCAAGCCUUUGGAAGGCAGAGAUGCGGGAGGGCAUCAAAGGAAGGAAAGGAAGGAAAGAGGGACAGAGGCCAGUGUUGCUACAGCACAUUGGUUGAAAAGCACUGGCCUAUGCAUUUUGGGACGCGGUUGGCACUGUGGGUUAAACCACAGAGCCUAGGGCUUGCCGAUUAGAAGGUCGGUGGUUCGAAUCUCCGUGACGGGGUGAGCUCCCGUUGCUUGGUCCCUGCUCCUGCCAACCUAGCAGUUCGAAAGCAUGUCAAAGUGCAAGUAGAUAAAUAGGCACCACUCCAGCGGGAAGGUAAACGGCAUUUCCGUGCGCUGCUCUGGUUCGCCAGAAGCGGCUUAGUCAUGCUGGCCACAUGACCCGGAAGCUGUACGCCGGCUCCCUCGGCCAAUAAAGCAAGAUGAGCACCGCAACCCCAGAGUCGGCCACGACUGGACCUAAUGGUCAGGGGUCCCUUUACCUUUACCUAUGCAUUUUGCAUUUGCAUGCAGGCAGUUUUCAGGAUGCAAUUGCAUUUUAAGAACGGAGGUUUAGAAUAGCUGUAAGAAGGAAAGGUCUGCCGUUCAGCUGUGCAUUGAUGAAAUAUGCCGCACAUUUCAUGGAAAAUAGCCUUGUGUAUGAUGAGUGUGUUGUAUGUCUCCUCCUCCCCCACCUAUUACUGGAACAGAGACCCCCAACAGCUUUUCUACUGAGAUAAUAGAGUUCUUCUUGCGCAAUGUUCUCCACAUCUGGUGUAGACAGUGAUGAGCUGGGUAGAUCAAUGAUUUGACUUUGUGUGAGACAGCUUCCUAUGUCUUUGUGUUCUCUGCUGCCUGGUCCUUUGAACUAGAGAUGCCAGGGAUUGAACAUGGGCCCUUCCACCAAGCCCCUUAUUGCCGUUCACCUGUCUAGACUGUUUCUUCCAGCUUGACCCCUGAUCACUUGGAGCUCCGAGAUGCAAGGAGUGACACAGAAUCCACUGAGAACAUGAGUCUGGAUGGCUUCCGCGCUGUCUCUUCUCCUACAGCUCCUGGCCCCAGGUUUGAAAAGACCAUUUCCGAUUCCUAUAAUGUGUAUAUCCCAAUCUGUAAGGGAAUCUGUGGCUCUCCAGAAGUUGCUGAACCACAACCCUAAUAAUUUCUGACCAUUGACUAUGCUGGUUGGAACUGAUGGGAGCUGGAAGUCCAACAACAAUGCUCUCUAAAACUAGUUAUUUUCUCCAGCCAGUUGAUUCUUACUAAUAUCCAAAACCACCACUUUUCAGAAUGAGCAAUUAUUUUUAUGCCAGCGGUUUGUGACAUGAUGCAAUUCACUUGUUUUCUGUAGUGUCUUUUGAAUGUUUGAAAAGAAUCAUACGGUGAUGGAAUCCAGAGGUACCAUAGGACAAUUCCUGCGCUGUUUGAGCAGUGCUUUCCACCACAGUUAAUUUCUUUGCUGAGACAGAGGGUGUACACAGCCUGCCUUUUAUGUGCCCUUCAGCUUUUUCUCACCUGGUUUGCUUGUAGCAAGCUAAACGUAGAGAGAUCCAUAUCAACUUCAUGUAAAUCUCCUGCGAUAUGACUUGCUAUGAUAACCUAUGAAUGUCACUUCUAUUUAGUGAACUACUGGAUGGCCUAGAUAAUGGAGGUUGCAUUGUGCUUUUUCCCUAUCUGGUUGGAUAGCCACCUGCCAUGUUCUAGUUGAGAUUCCUGCAUUGCAGGGGGUUGGACUAGAUGGCCCUCGGGGUCCCUUCCAACUCUAAGAUGCUAUGAACUUCUGGUGGGAGAGAGCCACAACUUGCCCAUCCUUGUUUUAGAAUGUGCUGCUUUAGAAUCACAGGAGCAUUCUAGGCUGUUAAAUCUGUUGAGCUCAACUGGGGGAAGAGGAAUGGAUGAGGUUUGAUUAGAGGGAGAGAAAAGGGAGGUAAGUUGGGGGACAUAAAAGCCCUUUUUAGACUUUCCUCCCUAACUCUUUCAUAUAUCGAAUGCCUGGGGUGGGGGUGGCUUGCUGGGGGUCAGGAUAUUGCCUGCAGAACCUGUGCCUCUGCUUUUGGGGUGGUCCUCAGUGAGCUCAUGCUGGGAAAUAACUUCAUGCAUGGUGCAGAGAAAGAAAGCAGAGUUUUAUUUUCUGCCUCCGGUCAUACUACAAAUCAAGCAUUGACCAGCCUCCUUUCCCAUCCUGACCAGCCUUCUAGAUAUUGUUGAUCUUCCUGAUCUUCCUGAUCUUAGGUGGGGCUGAUGAGAGCAGGAGUCCAGAAACAUCUGGGGGGGGGGGGUACAGGUGGGGGAAGGCUGAAACAGACAAAAGGAAAGAUCUAUUGACCCAAUGCAAUUUAUGGAAUUCGUUGCUGCACAACAUGUGGCAGUUAGCUAAGGCUUUAAAAGGGGAUCGCCUAAAUUCAUGCAGGUUUACAGCUGUUGCUAAAUGGAAGGGUUAGUGGUUUUUCUUCUUCUGUGCCUCAGCUGAUCCCAUUCUCAGUGUGACUGCAGAAAUUUCCAGGCAGGCAUACAGUUCCAUUUCCAAUCCUCGCAUAUAAGCUUCCUGCUUUUCCUCCCACAAAUGUUCCAGGAAUUUUAUUGGUUCUGCUUUGGCUGGGCUAUAGAGCAAGAGCACCCUUCAGAUAGCAGUCGUGUGAUAACAUUGAGGAAGCAGAGCAGAGCUACUAAUAAAGCAGAACAAUGUGCAGAUCACUAAUUCACUAUUAUUGCGUUGAUGAUGCAUUGCAGAAAACAACUGCAGAAAACAAGUCUGGCGGGUACCCUGUUCAGAGAGAUGAAUGUCCUUGGUCUGCUCUAGGAAAAAUGUUCUUAUGAUCUCCCUGCUUUUUGUUUCUUUGCAGCCCUCAACAAGAGAGGACAAAAGCUAUCAGCCCUUCAGGGUCCAAUGCAUCCAGCCUGACGCUCCCCAGCCGCUUCAGAGAGACUCUCCCCUCCGAUUCAGAUGGUGUAGGUUUGCACUGCUGCUUUGCAUGUGGCUUGCUGAAACAACAGGUUUCUUUGCACGUAUUUGGGCACUUUCGUAUGGCGGCAGGUUUCUUGCAGGACUUUCCCUUCCCAGGGCACCCCAACGUUUUUCAUGGGCGUAUGCACAUUGGUCCUUGUUGGUUGUAUUGAUUGGCAGAGUGUAGUAUUGGGUGGGCUAUCGUAACUCAUCUGCACAUCUAAAGCUGCUGGACUCAAAAGUACCAAAAACAGACUUUGGCGCUCGUCCUAAAGCUUGGGCUGGCCAAAUGCUUUUGGGAAUCAGAUUUCCUUACUCUUUCUACCUGCAGCCCAGUGUGUGGGAUGGUGGUUGUGUGAGGGUCUUGUUUAUGUUUUUGUGAUGUUGCCGUAUUCGUUCCUAGGACACUCGUUUGGGGAUCCAAGGUGCAGCUUCAGCUGAUGAGAAUGAAACCUUGUUCAAGAAGAAUCCCAGGAGAGUUCAGAGGCCUUCAGGUAAAAGACCCUUAGAUGCAAUGUUAUGCUGGCCAGGGUGGUGCAGUGGUUAAGAUGCUGUAUUUAAACUGGAGGUAUUCACGUUCAGAUCCUAACUCGGCCAUGAACUUUAUUCAAAGGAAGUUUGGACAAGCACCUGUUUGGGACAAUCCUCUUGGAUUGGGGUGGUGGAUAAAGGGUUAGGUUUGGGUAGUGGUUCUGUGACAUCUUGGCUCUGGGAUGCUGAAAAGGGUAGCUCUCUCUUCUCCUGACCUAUUUCUGUCACAGAAUACACAAAGUCAGUGAUUGACCUGCGACCAGAGGAGCCUGUUAUUGAAAGUGGGCCUCUAGGAGACAGAAGCAAAUCAGUCCCAGGCCUCAACGUUGAAAUGGUGAGUCUCCUAAGGGAGCCUUUUUUAGCCUGAGGCCCACAUUCCCUUCAGGGGAGCCAGGUGUCAGUGGUAGGUAGGCCCAGAAGCAAAAGUGGGCAGAGCAAAAAAAUAUUAAUUUUACCUUUAUACAGUAGGCUAAUUCACCAGAGACCCCCAGAGGACAUUGAACGUUUUUAAGAUGGCACACCUAUGGCAGAGCCAUGCAGAUUUGCCUCCUCCUGUAGGAGAAGCCCCCCACUGCCCCCCAGACUGGCUGUACCUGUAGUGCUCACAGGUGAUGCUGGUUUAGUGCUCUUAAAGCCAGAACCUGAGAUUUUGGUCCCCCCCCCCCUUGGGCAUCAGCUCCCAUUCCUUCCCUCACGCUUCUGACACUGUUUAGGUAGGAAGGGGGAGGUUUUCCUCCACCUUAAAGGGUGGGGUUUCUUUUCUUCCCCUUACUGGUGAUUCACCUUGUAUCCUGCCUUUUUUUAGGCAUUUCAGAGAUUCAGCAUUUCAGAGAUUCAGCAUUUCAGAGAUUCAGGUUACAGUUGUACCUCAUGUUAUGUCCGCUUCAUGUUACAUUCUUUCAGGUUACGUCCCAUGGCGACCCGGAAGUACUGGAAAGGGUUACUUCCAGGUUUUGCUGCUCGUGCAUGCACAGACGCAAAAUGACGUCAUGGGCAUGCGCAGAAGUGGCGAAUUGCAACCCGUGCAUGCGCAGGUGCACUGCUGCGGGUUGCGCUCUUUUCAUGUUGUGAACGGGCCUCCGGAACGGAUCCCGUUUGCAACCAGAGGUACCACUGUACUGAGGAUUCUGCUGAAGUGCAGGAAGACCUCCAAAUAAUGUACUCCACUGAAGUGGUGUGGCUUGGGGAGAGGGAGUGUGGCUUGAGAUUUCCCACACCAAUGUUACGGAAGGUUGUUCCAGAGUCAAAUACUGAGAAGCGCUCUCUGCGUCCUGGGGAUAUUUGAUGUAGGGGUAGUAUUAGUGGACUUCCUUGAAUCUAAAAAAUAUAUAUAUCAUUAUGGGGCAUAAAGGGGGAGGCGGUUCCUUAAGCAGGACCAGCCCAGUCAUAGAGGCAACCCUCACAACCACCUGGGGUGCUGAACUUCCAAGAGCUCCUGCUGUGGCUAUGUCAGUAUUUUGGUGAAAGAACCUCUGUCUUUGCUUUUGGAGGUGGUGCAUAGAUGCAGCUUAGCAGCUCAUUUGGCUGGGUGGUGUGUCAUUUCAUAUGAUACAGUCAAGAGAGCCUUUUGAUCUCCAAUGGCCACCUGGAGGCAUAGGCACAGCUGUAAAAAGAAGUGAUGGUAUGCAAAAUAAAGAUGCACUCAAUAGCUCAUAAUAAAACAAGACACUGGAGGAGGGCAGUGAUGAGCUGGGAGACUUUUGAACUUGCCUGGGGCUGCAGACUGAGCCAUCAGUCUUCCCUUUGGGAAGUUGUGCUGAUGCUGUUUAGGAUGAAGCUCAGCUGUGUGUGUUUUCUUCUCUAGGAAGAGGAAGAGGAGGACAUAGACAGCCUGGUAGAGAUUCACCGGAGAAGGACAGCCAGAUGCAGCAUGCGUAGCGGUACAUCCUCGGUGGGUCCCGGUACCAAUGCCUGUUGCCUAGGACUCUUUUGAAGAAGGGUGGGGAACCUGUGAGACUCCAGCUCCCAUCAGCCCCCAGGCAGCAUGACCAAUGGUCAAGGCUGAUGGGAAUUGUGGUCCCAAGAGGGUGGCAUGGGUUCUCCAUACUUGGCUUGCAGAGCAUAAUGUUCCUUCUUCUGCAUUCCUAUCAAGCCCAAGAUAUUUAUUUAUUACAUUCUAUUUACAAAAAGAAAAUGUCUGUAACAUCAGCAUUAAAAGGGGGGUGGAAUAGAUCGUGGUGGUGAACAGCACAAAAGCGACAGUAGAAUUUCAUUCAUAAAGCAAAUGCAUUGUAAGUGGGUCAGCUUGAUAUGUCACAGGAAAACUGCCUGAUGCUGAGUCUGACCACUGGUCUAUCUUGCUCAGUGUUGUCUACUACGCUGACUGGCAGAAGCUCUCCAGGGUUUCAGACAGAUAUUCCCAAUCCUACCUGAAGAUGCAUGCAAAGCAGAUGCCCUACCACUGAGCUACGGCUCUUCCCCCGUUAGCGCAGCUGGAUUAAGACAGGUGAUCUCCAGGGUAGGGGGGCUUCUUUGCCUCCGUUGCUGUCAGAUAGGACAGUCACUCUUCCUAUCCAUGCAGGAAGUGGUGGAAUUCAGUGAUGGGAUUGAAACUAAAAACAAAAGCUGUGGUGGGACCUUAAGGAUGAGCAGAUUUUUAAAACAGCUUAAACUUUCAAGGAUCAGAGGCCUUUUCACCUCCUGAAAAAAUUAUGCUGUGCCAAAUUAUUAUUGUUGUUCUUAUUAUUUAUAUACCACCCUUCAUCACAAGAUCUAAGGAUGGAUCAUGGGAUAAAAACGCAAGGUAAAAACAUAAGCAAAUAAUUAAAACAAUACCCCCCCAAUCUUUUAACUGCCCUGUUGUUUUGCUACAACAGACUGAACGCUGCCCCCACUUUUUGGAUGGAAAUGUAGGUUGAACGUUUUGGUUAAAAACCUUUCGGAGUUGGUUACAGUAGCUGGUCUGCACGUGCAGCAGAAUCUCAUGGUGACAUUGGUUGAAUCUGGGCCAGGAAGGCAGAAUUCAGUGGAUGGUAAACGAUGCUGCUUCUUUUCUUUUCUCAGAGCACUUUGGGAAGCAUGGUCAGUAUCUACAGCGAGGCGGGCGACUUUGGCAAUGUCUGUGUUACGGGAGAAAUUGCCUUCUCCCUGAGCUAUGAGCAGAAGGUGCAGACUCUCUUCAUCCAUGUGAAGGAGUGUCGCCAGCUGGCCUAUGCUGACGAGGCCAAGAAGCGCUCCAACCCGUGAGUGUGCAUCAUCUUGUACUGGAUGUGUGGGGAGGAGGGACAUUGGACUCUCCUGCUUAUGUGGGUGAGCUUACACCUAGCAGUAGGACAGGAAUAAGUGGUUUGGUUUCCAGCCUGUAGCAACAAAUUAAGUGGGUCGCUUUGGACAUGGUACAGAUUAGUAGCUGAGGAAGCUUGACUAUAGUUUAGAAGUGUAAUUGCAGCAUCAGCUGCUCUCCCUCCUAGAGACAGGAGUUAGAAAGCAAAAGCAGACAACCAGUUGUAAACCGUGUGUUUCCUAGAUUUAUUUGAAAGCUCAGCUUUGGGCCAGGUUUGGUUCUAAAGUACGGUGAAUGCAAACCAUGUGUGUGGUUGUUUUUUUUAAUGUGAUGCCUGAAAUUGAGUUCCGUUGUGUUCACAUGUACUUUUUCAUUUGUUGUAUAAUUUUAAAUUUAAGAAGGAUCAAAAGCAGGUGUAAAAGCGCUUUGAACGAACGAACACACAUUUUAAUCAAACACUCUUCUAGCAUGGUUAAAUGUGGGCUGCUUAAAUGUGGGACAAAAUUGCAGUGCUGUGCUUGCAAGACAGAAUAGUUAUGCGAGAGGAAGUGUGUACAGCACCCUCAAAUGCAUUUUUUUGAUAAAGGCACUGUAUUAUAUUUUAAAAUAUGCCAAUUUGCAUUUAUGGAUUUAUCACAUUUUUUUUAUCCUGCCAUUCCUCCAAGGACAGCUAACAGUGUUCUCUCCUCCUUCUCCAGCCCUUGCCCCAUUUUUAGCAAAAUAGUUUACGCUGAGAUGGUGAGUGAUUCAAGGCUACCUGGUGGUUUUCAUGACUGAGGCUGCAGAGGUUUUAUCUCUGGUUUCCCCAGUUUUAGCCCAGUGCACUACAUUAAGAGCAAUCACGAGGAGGGCUGCAAUCUGUAGUUGAAGUGUUUCACACACCAGUGUGAACUAUCUAAAAAUAUGGGGUAUUUUGGGGUGGGGGUGGCCCUCAGCAAAUAGUUGUUUUUUGUAAGGACUCACUGUGUGGAUACAUCCCGCCUCUCAGCACGCCAAUGCAAUUGCACGGCCACUUUAUCCAAAGCUGCCUGCUUCGCCAGUCUCAUCACCAUUAAACAGAGGUGUGUGGGACCAUGGAAGGAAAGGGAGAUAACUGGGCAAGGUGUAAACCUACAUGUUUUGUCUCUCGCAGGUAUGUGAAGACAUACCUCCUCCCGGACAAAUCCCGCUCAGGGAAGCGGAAAACCACCAUCAAACGGAACACCGUCAACCCACUGUACAACGAGCUGCUCAAGGUGUCUGAGAGUUGUGGGCAGGGGGCUAGCCAGGCUUGUGUAGGUUGUGGUCCUCUGUGGAAGCUAUCCUUGCUAAAUACGCACCCUCUCUUUUUCGUUUUCUUGCAGUAUGAGAUCAGCAAGGCCCUCCUGCUGACGAGGACCUUGCAGUUCUCUGUCUGGCACCACGACCGUUUUGGCCGGAACACUUUCUUGGGAGAGGUGGAGGUCCCGAUGGACACCUGGAACUUUGAGAGCCCGUUGGAGGAGUGCCUCCCCCUGCAUGGCAAGGUUUGCCCCACCCCACUGCUUGCUUCCCUGGUCCCCCUGUCAUGUAGCUUCAGCUGAAACAGGUUUCUUGGGAGCUCCAGGAAGUCUUGCUAAACUCGGUUCUCAAGCUUCUAAUUGCCUCUGUGUUCAGUUGCUGUUUUGGUUUAAAUAACAAACAGGGAAUCUUCCUUGCCACCAGUUUUGUUGUAAUUCCAGUUGCAGGUGAAGAUCUCUCCCAUUUUCGCACAUUUUCAAUCAUUUUAAUUGCUUCUUUUCUCAAUAUUUCAAUUCUUUGAAGCUGCAGCAGAAUUUUUUUGGCCCAGGGAUUGCUCUAUAAUGUUCUUGGUUCGAUUACUUUUUAAAAUAUGUUUUGUUUGUUCUCUUUGCAAGCUGUCCUGGGAAUGUCAAUUUUGACACUGAAAGGGUGGAGGCAUUAUGUACAGUGGUGCCCCGCAAGACGAAUGCCUCGCAAGACGGAAAACUCGCUAGACGAAAGAGUUUUCCGUUUUGGAGGUGCCUCGCAAAACGAAUCUGCUAUGGGCGUGCUUCGCAAGUUGAAAUUGUGGUGCGAGUUCCUGGGGUUUUUUUUCCCUUUUCCCCCUCUUUUUCUAAGUCGCUAAGCCGCUUAUCUGCUUAUCCGAUAAGCUGAUAAGCUGCUAAAAGCCGCUAAAAGCCGCUAAAAGCCGCUAAAAGCCGCUAAUAGCGCUAAUCCGCUAAUCCCGUCAAUGGGCUUGCUUCGCAAGACGAAAAAACCGCUAGACGAAGAGACUCCCAGAACGGAUUCUUUUCGUCUUGCGAGGCACCACUGUAUUCUUUGAGCCGCUCCUCCCUGCCUAUAUAUAUAUGUAUAUGUAUCCUCUAAUUCAUUUUCCUUCACAGCCACUUUAGAAAACCCUCCACCCCAUCUGUAGAACCUGCCGCACAAUAGCCCCCUCCUCCAUAUCUUACACAGAGCCAUCUCAGUGUCAUCUCCUUGCAUCAGUAAAUCCUGCAGGAAUCUGAUUGGUUGUACAACCCUUUUAUUAAUGAUGUGCUAAUAUUUAUCAUUGCCCAUUCCUGUCCUAGAAUGCUGCAGACUCAUCUGCUUCUCCUCAAUACAAAGGCGAAUUGGUGGUUUCUUUGAAGUUCAUUCCACCUGCUAAGCAUGCCAAUGCAGGAAACGGAAGAAAAGGUGAAGAUUCAGUGUAACGCAACCAGUUUCCCCUCUGAAUGCAACAGAAACCAUACAUGUGGCAGCUGUCUGGUUUUCCUCUUUAUUCGUAUCCAAACCUUUCCCCAACUCCAUAAGGUCUAGAAACUUGACUUAAAUUCUGCUAACAAUCGGCUUUUCCAGUUCUGUGUGGUUGGUAGGGUGGCUUUCAUACCAUCCUGGUUAGAGGAAGCUUUGGGACUGGGGAACUCCUGCCGUUCAUGCUCAUCACAGGGGUCUCUUUGUUAGGCAAAAAGGAAGACGGCGGUGAACUUCAGGUCUGGAUCAAAGAGGCCAAGAACCUGACAGCAGCCAAAUCUGGAGGGACAUCUGACAGCUUUGUCAAGGGGUGAGCAAAUGGGAGCUUGCUAAAACUGUAUGAUGGGUGGAAAGGAGGCUGGAGACUGAAGGUUUACAGUUAAUUGUUGCCCUGCCCAGGUGUACCACAGGGGUUGUGUGUGCAUCUGAUUAUAGAAAUAAUUAUUUUGCAUUUCAUGUAGUAUCUUGCACAGCAAUAUGAAAUAAGUGUGCUUGGCUCUGGGUAGCAAUUGAUUUGGGGCUGUGCAAAUCCUUCUGAGUUUUAAAAGGGGAUGGAUCUGAUUCUUAUAGAAGAGAAGCACUUUGACUUUGAACUAUGCAUACGGCGCAUAGUUCUGCUUUUACAGGUCACAGGAAAAGCGCUCGCAGGGUGCCCUCUUGUGGCUGCUGAGAAUUCUCUCCGCAGCUUCUUAAGCACAAGAAAUUUGCAGAGAGAUCUUCAAAAGAUGCUAAGUUUUCUACCCUCCCCCCCCCUUCCAAGCUACCAAUUUCUGCAAGUCCUGGUUGCAGGAGCCUCUUUAAUAAGAGAGAGGCAUUUUUCCCUCCCUGGUCCACAGGUAUUUGCUCCCGCUGAGGAACAAGGCCACUAAAAGGAAGACACCAGUUGUGAAGAAGAGCCUGAACCCCCACUACAACCACACCUUGGUCUACAACAACAUCAGUCCUGAAGAGCUGCCGCACAUCUGCCUGGAGCUUACUGUGUGGGACCGGGAGCCCCUUUCCAGCAACGAUUUCUUGGGAGGAGUCCGACUUGGAGUUGGGAAUGGUGAGGAAUCUUCUUAGGACAUGCAUAUGUGUUUGUGUGGGUGCUCAUGAGUGCACCUGUCCCAUCAAUGGAGAUUAUCUUUUUUAGAUGGAUUAUUCCUCCCACUUGCUCAAAAAAUGGGGCCGUGCCAAUCACUGCAGACAGUUAAGCUUCCACUUAAGCUAGAGACACUCCUGAACCCUAGCUCCCAGCUCCAGUCUAGCCUCCUUCACAGCAGUAGGGUUCUUCUAGGGCAGAGUUCCCCAAAUUUGGGACUCCAGCUGUAGUUGUUUUAAACCACAACUCCCAUCAUCCCUAGCUAGCAGGGUCAGUGGUCAGGGAUGCCUGAAUGCCUGGAGAGCGUUCUUUAUUUCAAAUGGUAUUGCCUUCUGUUCUGUGUACAGGGGAAAGGGUCACAGAAAUAAAGUUGUGGAGCUGGAGGCUGUGGAAUUUAAAUAUCCACCACUGUGCAGUUUUGAUUCCUGGAUGAAAUACCACCACCUGCCUUGCAUAUAGAAGAUCCCAGUUGCAGUCCCUGGACUCUUCUGAUAGGGCUAGGAAUGUCCCCUGCCUGAAACCCUGGAGAAAUGCUGGCAGGCAAUGUAGACAUGACUGAGCUAGAUGGACCCGAUGGGUUGACUCUGCAUAAGGCAGCUUCCUACAUUCCUAAGUUCUUGCUCCUUCAUUCUUUAUAAGGCCCAGUCUUUUCAGCCAUUGCUUUCCAUCCAUGGCUCCAGUCAGUUUUACGUUAGCUGAUGGGCUGCUUUUCCACAGUGAACUCAACACCUGAAUCUGAUCCCAAUAAAACAUUUAACUUAAUUAUCAAAAAUGCAUAACGUAUGCUUGUUACAGAACACUUCAACCCAAGUCAGACAAAAUAAACACUUCAGUAAAUGUAGCAUCCACUAAACAUUACAAUAAAAUAACCUAAAUCUCGAUACAUAACAAGCAGAGAGCUAAAUUUGAAGUUGAUGGGCCAAAAAGUAGAUAUGAGAAAAUAAAUACGCGCAACUAGUACUUGUCUUGCUGCCCUCCCAAGGGGCCACAGCAGGGUACGGGCGGGUCUUCAUAGCGGGCUCCCUCGUUUUUGGCCAUUUCUCUUUCUCUCUACAGACAUCCACAGCGUCCAUUUAAAGCACUCUUAUGCUAUUUUAAACAGUCAUAGCUCCCCCCCCCCCCAAUGAAUCCUGGCAACUGUAGUUUGUUAAUGGUGCUGGCUUUGCAAGGCUACAGUUCCCAGCACCCUUAACAAGGUACAGAUCCCAGGACCCUCCAUGACUGUUAGAAAUGUUUUAAGAUGGCUUUAAGUGGUGUGGAUAUGACACAAUCUCUCUUGUUUUACUGUGAAAAUUUAUAUUGAAACAGAGUUGAAAAACACGCAACGAAAGGGAAGAAUGCCACAUGGAAUUAAAACAAGAGGGCCCACAGUUUAUCUGAGGACAGCUCUAUUAAGCAAAAUCCAGUUCUUUGUGAGGGAGUGUUACUUGAGUAGACGACAUUUGGGGAUGGAGGUGCGACACAUGGUGAUUUUAGCCUUUUCAGUGCUGAAGACAGAACACGGCUGGGCACUCAAAUAAAACAUCAGGUUUAGCAACGCCUUCACAGAUUUUGUAGCUCAUGCUGGCCUAGUGAACUCCUGGUGCACAGCUUAUACCCAUGUUGGGUAUUACACAUGUUCAUUCUAGUGGGUUAAAAAAAAAAGUAUGUAAACAUUACACAGAUAUGAUUUACCUGUCCUGUGACUUUUUUUUGGAGGGGAGGGGGGAAUAACUAAUGGGAAUAGCACCUGCUUUGCAUUCAGUCCCUGGCAUCUCCAGCUAAAAUUAAUUUGGUAGCAGGUGAAAGGUGAGGAAAGACCAUUGCCUGACUGCCUGGAGAGCUGCUGCCUGCCAGAGUAGACAAUACAAGUCCAGAUGGGCAGGGCCUGAUCUGCAACGAGAAACAUGCUCUUGGGACUCCCAUUAUUCCCAGCCAGCAUAGCCAGCGGGGGCAGGGUUGAUGGGAGCUGUAGCCCGGACAGCACCAGGAGGGCCACAGGUUCCCCCCACUCCUGCUCUGUGACUUUGCUAGGGAUACUUGGAUAACCAAAUCAGUUCCAUCAGUUGGUGAGGAUGGUGAAAAUGGACCUUGGCUAUUUUGUGCACUCGGCUGACCUCGCCUUUUUUUCUUUCAACUACUUGUCUCUUCAGGGAUGAGCAAUGGCCAACUGGUGGACUGGAUGGAUUCUACCGGAGAGGAGAUUAGUCUGUGGCAGAAGAUGCGCAAGUACCCCGGAUCGUGGGCAGAGGGAACCCUUCCCCUUCGCCCCACCAUGGCCAGAGCAAGGCCAUAA